CGAUCUGGCGCCGUCGGAUUACUCCGUGAGGCGGGAUCAUUUCCCGGGAAUCGGCGCUUCGGUGUGUUCGUGCGUUGUCGGUGUCGGUCGCGGCGACGACGAGCCGCCGCUGGUUUUUUUGUGUGGCGCAGCGUCCGUGGGAAACGGGCGGCCGCGCUCCUCCCGCUCUGACCUUUGCCCCCCGCACUGGACAAUGAGAACAAUGUGCGCACACCCCCAAACGCCUGCAAGACUUUUUGUGUGCUUUCCUGGGAAUUGCUGCGCGCUUUUUGUUUGUCUGUUUUCCGGCGGCAACAUUCCAAAGGGCCUGGCAAAGUGCCCGUUUGGACCCUUGCGCUGUUAUGUACUGUAUUGUCGUGCCGUGGAAUGAUGAUUCAGGAGACGUCGGGUGACAUAGAAAACGGCCCCGAAUUCCACGGGCAGACUCUUCUGUGCCAAAAUCGGGCUCACGACAUUUCACUUGUUUGGCUAAUCGCGGUGGCGCUAGCAUGACGCAGAAACCAGCGCCCGCCAAACAUUUAGCAGAACUUGGCCACGGUAAUAACUUGCUGCCGUGAAAUCCGUGUCCAAACAAUCGAUGCGUUAAACAUGUCCACGCCGCAAAAUAAGCCCCAGAAAUGGGCGUGGCCGACUCCAGAGCCGAGCCAAAUGUGAGGCCUGAUUUUUCCAUCAAAACUGUCAAAUAUGAACCAUCCAAUGUCGAACAUGACUGAGCAACCUUUGACAUUUUGUGCCACUGUUAGCCGCUCUAUUUUUGUAAGUUUGUUAUCAAAAUUGCGGGACACCGCGUGACUAUGCGCACACUUGUCGUUGCAACGUGUUCCGUGUGAAAGGCGCCGGCCGGCUCUGGAGUUUUGGCUCCGAUGCUUCAAUUUUGCAGAAAGUCCCGCGUGGUGGCUCGACGCGCUCGGCCAGCGGCGACACACUUUCGCCAUCUCAAUAUUCUCUCCAGGCUCGAGCGGCGAACGCUGAGCUCGUCCCAGACGGAUCCCGGCGGGAGUGAGUUCCUCCUUUUCGUUGGCCGGAUUGAAGUCGUCGUCCGAGUUCUUGCCGAGUUGUUUUGGCGGCGCUCGCGAAAGUCGCGGGUUGUCCUUUUUCCUCAUGAGGCCCCCAAAUCUUCCCCCUCCAAGAACGCCUGCCAACCAGGUGGCAGGUGAAUCCAAAAGACGAUAAACAGCCCCAAAGUCUCCGCACCGCUCUUCGUAACUUCCAAUAGUUUCCAAACCGGAAUUUCCCAGACAAGCUCGGCGAGACCCUCGCCCACGUCUACCCGUUGAAAAAAGCAUCCUCACGGGUCCAUGGGACGCCUGAAAGGUGAAAGUUCAACUCUUGGAAGGCGAGGGAGCAUGAUGGGAACGCUUGAGAGCGGGCAUCAUCUGCGGCCUUAAAACCCCGAACCCGUCUGGAUUUUCGGGAUUAUCUCCUCGCGCUCCCACCUGGAACUCAACGACAUCCUUGACCGUUGGUUUGUGACGCCAAGACGGCGAUCGGUGACAUUUGGAGCACUUUGAAUCCCGGGCAGAACGGGCGACCUUCAAAAUGGCCGCCCGGACGCGGCGGUCGACGCCGAGUUGAGUCGCGCGCCGUCCGGCAUGUCCUGGAAGGGGGACUUCUUGGCGGCGGGCGGCGUGGCGGGGCCCGGCGUGGCGGCGGGCGGCGUGGCGGGGCCCGGCAGCGGGAUGGCGGCCAUGCUGACGCCUCGCACCGUGACCUCCAUCGCGCCCAGUAAAGGUUUGAGCAACGAGCCAGGACAGAACAGCUGCUUCCUCAACAGCGCCCUGCAGGUCCUGUGGCAUUUGGACAUCUUCCGCCGUAGCUUCAGACAGCUGACGUCUCACAAGUGUAUGGAGGACUCGUGCAUCUUCUGCGCUCUGAAGAGUAUCUUUGCCCAGUUCCAGUACAGCAGCGAGACGGUGCUGCCCUCGGACGCGCUCCGCAGCGCCCUCGCCAAGACCUUCCAGGACGAGCAGAGGUUCCAACUCGGCAUCAUGGACGACGCGGCCGAGUGCUUCGAGAACAUCCUGAUGAGGAUUCACUUCCACAUCGCAGACGAGUCCAAAGAAGACGUCUGCACGGCCAGGCACUGCAUCCCGCAUCAGAAGUUCGCCAUGACGCUCUUCGAACAGUGCGUGUGCAGCAGCUGCGGCGCCUCUUCAGACCCGCUGCCCUUCAUUCAGAUGGUCCAUUACAUCUCCACCACCUCCCUGUGUAACCAGGCGGUGAAGAUGCUGGAGUCCCGGCGCAACGCCACGCCGGGGAUGUUCGGGGAGCUGCUGCGGAACGCCAGCAUGGGCGACCUGCGCGACUGCCCCAGUCGGUGCGGCCAGCAGCUUCGGAUGGCUCGCGUCCUCCUCAACAGUCCGGAGAUCAUCACCAUCGGCCUGGUGUGGGACUCGGACCACUCCGACCUGGCCGAGGACGUCAUCCACACCCUGGGGACCCGCCUGCGCCUGGGGGACUUGUUUUACAGAGUGACGGAGGAGAAGGCCCGCCAGGCGGAGCUCUACCUAGUGGGCAUGCUGUGUUACUACGGCCACCACUACUCCACCUUCUUCUUCCAAACCAAAAUUCGACGCUGGAUGUACUUUGACGACGCACACGUCAAGGAGAUCGGGCCCAAGUGGAAGGACGUGGUGUCGCGCUGCAUCAAGGGCCACUACCAGCCGCUGCUGCUGCUGUACGCCGACCCCCGCGGCACGCCCGUGUCGGCCCGCCGCUCGGCCCCGCCGCGCCGCGUCGACGAGCCGCGCUACGACAGCGAGGACUCUGGCCGCGAGCCGUCCAUCUCCAGCGACGCUCGCACGGACUCGUCCACGGAGAGCUCCUCGUCCCGGCGGCCCGCCCCCUCGGACCCCCCGCGCCCCCCGACAGCCGCCGUCUGCCCCCGACGCUCCGACGGACCGCGCCGCGCCUCGCUCUGCGGCCUGGAUGCCAUAGGCCGCGCGCCGGACCCCGAGCGGCGGUUUCUGAGGAGGGGAGGCCCGGCCCCGCCCCGGCACAGGAGGCGUGACGGCGAAGCCUCGCCGGCCGGUUAUCACAGCGAGGGAGAGACGCUGAAGGAGCAGCGGGCUCCCCGCCAGGCGCCCGAAUCCUUCUCCUCCUCGACGAGCCGCCUCCGCGACUUGAAGGAGACCAUGAGCAACCUCCUCCACAGCCGAGCUCUCUCCUCGUCCUCCCUGCCGGCCGCCGGGAUCGUCUCCUCCGACCCUCCCGACCGGGAGGCCCGCGGCGAAUCCGAGUCCGGCACCCGCCCGGCGUGGAGGCCCCGCAGGGAGGCGCUCAACAUCGACGGCAUCUUCGCGCGGCGCCGGCAGGGCGGCUACAGCCCGCUCGCCGCGACCCCGACGGACCGCGGCGGGGCCGCCGCCGCCUCGCCGCGGUCGGUCGGGCCGGGCUCCUCCGGGACGCUCCCCGCCCCGCCGCCGCCCAGGCUGAUCCAGCGGAUGGAGAGCGGAUACGAGAGCAGCGAGAGGAACAGCGGCAGCCCCGUCAGCCUGGAGCUCAGCCCGCUCGAGCGGGAGGGCGCGGCCAAACCGCCGUCGUCGUCAGGACUGUCAUGGAAGAAGACGAGAUCCAAGAGCAGCGGAGCGCUGCUGCCGGACUUGGGCUGGGCCUCUCGAGGGAGCCUCGCGCCCCCCGCGGGCCGCAGCGAGCUGGAUGAGCUUCAGGAGGAGGUGCUGAGGCGGGCGGAGGAGGAGGAGCGGCAGCGGCAGCGGGAGAAGGACAGGGAGGCCGAGCUCGGGUUCAACCCCAGACCCAGCAAGUACCUGGACCUGGACCAGCUGCAGAUCCAGGGCAAAGGCGACAGUCUGGAUCGGUGCCUGUCGGAGGCGGAGCUUCUACUGGACCAAUCGGUGCGUCUGGAGCAGGCGGGCGAGGUCGCCGCCGCCCUCUCGGCGGUCAACGAAGCCGUCUCUAAGCUCCGUCCGGCGAGCGACGGCGUCUCGGGCGCUCACGGCCGACCGCAGCGCUGCAUGAGGAGAGCGCGCGGCAGGCAGCAGCGUCUGCUGCUGCUGCAGCAUCAUCAUCAUCACCAUCACCAUCAUCAUCAUCAUCGUCAUGACCUGCGGCAGCCCAGUGAAAAGUCUUUCUCGCAGCAAAUACUUCUGACAGACACUUCUGGCAACCGGUCGGCUUCCAGCCAGGACCGGCGAGCCCCGCCUCCUCCUCCUCCUCCUCCUCCUCCCUUGCCCAUCGCACCCCUCGCCCCCCACGCCAUCUCCUCACGUGACCCCAGCCCCCCCGUUACCCCCGCUCCGCCGCGCGAGUCCGGCAGCGUGGCGCCGAUCGUCGCCAGGUCGCUUCCUGCGCCAGACUCGUUGGUUCGAAGUCCCCCGAAGGAGAUGACCUCACCGGGUUUACCAGAGGGGGCGGCCCCCGUCCCGCCUUAUUCCACCGUCCCGCCACCUGAGCUGAUGCAGGAGGAUCCUUAUCGCGCCCUACCACCCACCAGGAAGUGGUCUCGCUUACAGGCGGACAUCCCCGAUCGUCGUCCCGUCGAUCGUCCGAUGGACUCGGCCCUCUACGGGCACCCGCCUGCGCCCCCCGCCGGCCUGCCGGCUCGGACUUCGUCUUCCCGUCCGGAGGGCGGCGGAGCCGUGCUGCCUGUGGAGCGCUGGGCGCAAAACGUCAGCAGAUACUACAACUCCCACAAUGCACCUGGAGGAGGAGGAGGCGUGGCGCCCCCACCUGAGGAGAUGUCAGACCUGGACUCCCUCUACCAGGCCAGCCUGCUCGCUCCCACCAUGCACUGCAACGCUCCGAGCAACAAAGCAGGACUGAGGAGAAUCCCGUCUGGAACGCGGCGCUCCCAAACGCCGACGGCCGAGAUCGAGAGACACGCCUACAGGACGCCCGUCGUGCUCAUGCACAAGCGCCCGGACAGCGUCGACGAAAGCUACAGCGUGGAAAACCUUCGCCGCGUCGCUCGAAAUCUGAGCAGCUCUGUCGCGGCCGCCGUCGGCCCCGCCCACAGCUCGGAGGUCUCGGCGUCCACGCUCUCCUCUUGGUCUUCAUCCCUUCCCCAUCCCGCCGCCGCCUCCUCUUCCUCCACCUGCCGCCGCUUCCGUCUCGCCGUCCAGCGCGCCCCCCCGCCGACCUCAGGCCCCCCCGGCUCGGGCCUUUCAGGAUCCGGCCGGCGGUCGCAUCUCGACGAGCUUCGGGACGAGGACGCCGUCACGCGGCACGGGGGACGUCCCCCUGAGUUACGGGACUCUUCCUCGCGCUCCCCGGCGUCCCUCGUCCUCGUGGCUCCCCGGACCAGGAGGGGGCGCCGGUUCGGCUCCCCGCGGCCUUUACGCCGCCUCGGCUCGCCCGGCCCCGCCCUUGCGUCUGGACGUGCCGCCGGACGACGACUGGCUGCGGCGGGCGGAUCCCCGUGCGGACGGGAAGCGGACUCGCCUCCUCGGCCGGACGCCGCCGACGCUCUGCUCGCUGUGCCGCCGCCUUCCCGCCGAGCCGCCGCGUCUUUUCUGCUGCUCCUGCGCCGCCUACGCCCGCCGCUGCCGGGCGGCGCCGUGACGCGUUUUUCAGAUGUGCCUGCGAGGAGGCGGAGUUUGCAAGAACUGGCCCGCGCUCCGCUUUCAUCUUCGCCGGUCGGGAGCGCCGACAGCAGCUUCUCUCCUCCUCCUCCUCCUCCUCUGACCUCGCUGAUGAAGAUGACCUACAGCAUUGUGCAAAAGUCUCGGGUCGCCGCUACUCCGAAUUUUCCAAUUUGGAAACUUUCCAUGAGAAAUAAGGGAAGUGAAAAUAAUUGAAUGGAACGUUCCAACAUAAAUGCAAAGAUUUUAUGAUGUCAUCAGCAACGUAGGUGGCUCUCCUUGCCCACGUGGGAGGGCAAGGGAGGGCAUGACCUUACCUGAAAAAGGAAGUUUGCCGUUUUUAGCCUCGCUUCUCUAAUGUCGUGCAGUAAUAGUUUCAGCAAAGCUCUCGCAAAAGUAUGCAAAAGUCCAAAACGUCAUGACUUGUUUUGAUUUGCAAUGGUUCUUGAGCUCCGAUGAGCGGCCUUCCGGUUUUAUUGUUUCGAUAGCGACGUUAGUAAAACAGCAAAUCUAGCGGCGGCCUCAGACUGGUGCACGUGACUGUUUUGUAAAUGUUUGAAUUUAUUGUGUCGGCCGCGUGGCCGUGCAUAGAGAAACUUCCAACUAGUUUUCUAAAAGCCAAGUUAGAGCGUUUCGAUUUGAAGCUUGCUGCUAAUAUUUAGCAUGUUUUUCUCCUAAAUGUAAAUCCAAAUGCAAAUAUAUAUGCACAUCUUUUCUA